AGAAGAACCAGGCUCGUGGACUCAGACCGUAUACAGUAGUAUAACUCUGACACUAUAGGGAAGAAAGCAUAAAUAAAUAUCUAUAUAAAUGUCUGUACGACAGCUACGUGUGUUUAGAUCAUAGACAGUAAUAGCUAGACAGGUCGGUUUAUGAAGCAGGUUGCAUUAUUAUUUUCCGGGAUCAUGCGCUACUGGACCACUCAUAGUCAUAGUUGAUCGGAGAUGGGACUCCAAGUUCUGCUGUGGUGGCCGAACAUUAUCGGAUACAUUAGGAUUGGCCUUGUGUUUGCUGCAUGGGCUGCCUAUAAGACACCAGCAGUCUUUGUGUCUCUUUACUCCGUCUCCAUAGCACUGGAUGGAGUGGACGGCUGGCUGGCGAGGAGGCUCGGGCAGACCUCCAGGUUUGGAGCCUGGCUGGAUGUAGUGGUGGACAACCUGGGCAGAGGCAUGCUGUGGAGCCUUCUCUUUAAGUGGGGUUGGCUGGUGUCUGCCUUGGAGUGGUGCGUGUUUGUGUGUAACCACAAUGCCAGAGGUGACCAUUGGAAGAACAGUUUCAUCACCAGCCCUCGUUUCAUACAAGCCAUCAUGGCAAACGGGUUUCGGACACCUCUUGGCACAUGGGUGGUGAGUGGGCUGCACUGCCUCCCCCUGUGGCUGUAUGGGUGUCAGUGGGGCUUACUGUCCCACUGGCUGUAUCUGCCUCCCUGGAUCCAGGCUGCGGGGACCCUGCUGCUGGCUGCAGGCCGCCUGCUGGCUCUAUCAGCGGAGAUAUGGUGUAUAUGGACACACAUCGAAUACCUCACCAAUGAUGAGCCGGAAGAGAAAAAAAAGUGAAAGCCACUCAGCAGUCAGAAAAAUUGUCCUAACGCUGACAUUAUUCCGCCACCUUUAUAGAAGAGAUGGCCUCAGGUCACUUUUGGUCUUGUCCAAAGAAAAAUCAAUUCAGCCAUUGCUUUGGGAGAAGUGGGCCACAUGUAAAUCGGUGUAUUUAGAGGUAUAAGAUGGCAGUGAAAUCAUCUGACAGCAAUAAUAUUUGACUGCUCACUUACUUUCUGUUACAAAUUGGGAUUUCUCUUUUCAAACUAGUGAACAUGAUUGAUUUUUUUGUAUGGCUGCUGAGAUACAAAAAGCGUCUUAUCCUACCCUUGUUAAUAUAAGACUGUGUUGUAACAGGCAGUAGGCGUUCAGAUAUAUGUGGAAAAGAAGCCUCAUAGGUCUGUUGAACUGUUUAAGGGAAUAUGAAUGUUAUUUUUGUUAUUCACAGGGAACACAGUGGCAGGGCCCAAUUAUUCUUAAACCUGAGAAAAGACUGAAACCUUUUCUGAGAUGGUUUAAAUUGUGUCAAUAGGCCAGUUAGAAGUAUGAAAAUGUUUUUGUUUUUUUUGUUUUUUGUUGGGGGUAAGAGUAUUUGUGAUUGCUGUAAUUUACUUUAUGAAAUCCCACCAAAGACCCAAGGGAGAGACCUAUUGUACACAUAGAUCCCAACACUAUUGAACAGGAAGCUUGAAUAAAAAGCCUGUAUCUGUAAGGGACUUUUAUUUAUUUUUUAUAAACACUUCCCUUAAUGUAGCCUAUAUUUUAUGCCUGCACACUUUCUGCUGAAAAUAAAGAGAAUGUGUGUGGCUGAUGGGGUCAUUAUAAUUAUUCCUGAACUUACCGUUCAUGUGCAGAUUUAGUAAAGGUCAUCCAUGCAGACUUGACUAUUGGCCGCACACUUUGUUUGGUGUCAGCAGGUCAAACAUCCAAAGACUUUUACUUCUACAACACUGUGCUGCCAGGCUUUUAACCCGUUCUGAGAGAAGCGACCACAUCAC